ACGAGGCGGGCGCGGGUAUGCUUCUCGACCCCCGUCUCCCGGAUCCUCUCCUCUUCGGCGCAAACCCGGAGGCGGGGAGAAGGGGCGUAGGUUGUUUCUGUGUGCUUGCGAGCGUGUGCCUGUUUGUCCCGUGGAGUCAGCGCUCUGUUUUGUGCCCGCAAGGUGUACAGAGUAAAUUCCUGGAGCAGUUAUUAAGUUUGUCCGCUCUCACCUGGCUAACGUCGAGGCCUGCUCCCUUCUCUUGGCAGCCUGGGGCCCAGGCCAGGGCCACCAUGGCGCUGCCUCCAGGGUCAGCUACCCUCCCGCACACACUUCUGCUUCUGCCGGCCCUUCUGAGCUCAGGUACACCCCUGUUCAUCCCUCGGCUAUGCAUUUGUGCGGUCAAGUCCCCCUCUCUCCCCUCCUUGCCUGCAUCUUCAGUUUGGGUACCCAUUCCAGGCACCAGAGUUGGGUUCCCUUCAUCCACCUCCCCAAGGUCCAGCUGUCCCUGGUUAGAGAAGCCAGGUGCUCUGUCUCUUGGCCUGCUGCCCCUCUGUUACUGGACCUCAUCCCGGUCACAGGACAGUACUAAGCCUCCACCAGCCCUCCCCAGAAUCCCCUGUGUUCCAGGUUGGGGGGAGUUGGCGCCACAAAUUGAUGGUCAUACCUGGGCAGAGCGGGCGCUUCGAGAGAAUGAACGCCACGCCUUCACCUGCUGGGUGGCAGGGGGGCCUGGCACCCCCCGAUUGGCCUGGUACCUGGAUGGACAGCUGCAGAAGGCCAGCACCUCAAGACUGCUGAGUGUGGGUGGGGAGGCCUUCUCUGGAGGCACCAGCACUUUUACUGUCACUGCCCAGCGGGCCCAGCAUGAGCUCAACUGCUCCCUGCAGGACCCAGACAGUGGCCGGUCAGCCAACGCCUCCGUCCUCCUCAAUGUGCAAUUUAAGCCGGAGAUUGCCCAGGUUGGGGCCAAGUACCAGGAAGCUCAAGGCCCAGGCCUCCUGAUCAUCCUCUUUGCCCUGGUGCGUGCAAACCCGCCUGCCAACGUGACCUGGAUCGACCAGGAUGGGCCGGUGACUGUCAACGCCUCUGACUUCCUGGUGCUGGAUGCCCAGAACUACCCCUGGCUCACCAAACACACCGUGCAACUGCAGCUCCGCAGCCUGCCACACAACCUCUCCAUGGUGGCCACCAACGACGUGGGCGUCACCAGCACCUCGCUUCCGGCCCCAGGGCUCCUGGCCACCCGGGUGGAAGUGCCACUGCUGGGCAUCGUUGUGGCCGGAGGGCUUGCCUUGGGCACCCUGGUGGGGUUCAGCACCUUGGUGGCCUGCCUGGUCUGCAGGAAAGCGAAGAAGACCAAAGGCCCCUCCCGGCGGUGCCCGUCCCUGAUCUCUAGUGACUCUAACAACCUGAAACUCAACAACGUGCGCCUGCCGCGGGAGAACAUGUCCCUCCCGUCCCACCUGCAGCUCAACGACCUCACUCCGGACUCCAGAGGGAAAUCAGCGGACCAGCAGGUGGUUCAGGACAACAGCCAGCCAGAGCUUCUGGCUCCGGAGCCCGGCGGCCUCCUCACCAGCCAAGAAUUGCUUGGUGUUUUCAUGUCCAGAGGCGCCUUGGUUUAAAAGGGACUAUCUUCUGUCAGGGGCCACAGAUCAAGUAGCCAAAAGAGAGUAACCUCAGAUUGUGGAGGAGGAGGAGGAGCCCACGAUGGAAACAGUAUCUGAAGGUGCUCGCCGGAGAGGUCAGUGGAUGUGCUAGGGGAGGGAGACAGGCUAAUAUAACAGGCCUGCGCAUCAGCCUGUAACAUAGGUAGGAAGUACAGCUGAUCCUCAUUAUUUGCAGAUUCUGUAUUUGUGAAUUCACUUACUAAAAUUUAUCUGUAAUCCUAAAAUCGAUACGUGCAGUGUUUUUACAAUCGCUUGCAAACAUGCUUGGAGCAGUGAAAAAUGUGAGUCGCCCUAUACAUACCUUCCCAGCUGAGGCUGAACAAGGCAACAUUCUGCCUCCAGGUUUCAGCUCUCACACUCUAAAUGAGUAGCCUAUCCAAGGUCUAUCUAAUGCCUCAUUUUUUGCUUGUUGGUGGUGGUUUCAGUGUUUAAAAUGCCCCCCCCGGGACUUCCCUGAUAGUCCAGUGGCUAAGACUCCAUGCUCCCGAUGCAGGGGGCCUGGGUUCGAUCCCUAGUCAGGGAACUAGAUCCCACAUGCCACAACUGAAAAAAAAAAAAAAAAAAAAAAAGAUCCCCCGUGCCACAACUAAGACACGGCACAGCCAAAUAAAUAAAUACAAUAAAUGUUUGAAAAUAAAUAAAUUAAAUGGCCUCCACCCGCAUAGUGCUGAGGUGCUGGCUAGAGUUAACUAAGUGUAGUAAGGCUCUCAUGUGCCUUACAGAGAGAGUACGUUAGAUAAGCUUCAUUAUGGCAUGACUUACAGUGCUGGUGGCUGUGAGUUCAAUGAAUCAAUGGUUGCUGACGAAAAUGUUAUGACAGAGGCACACAGGAAACUUACCUUCUAUUUCCCCCCAGGAGCAGUGGUUCAGUAUUUGCUAAUUCAGUGUCUGUGGUGACUUGACAGAACAGAGCUACUGUGAAUAACGAGAGUCGACUAUACUUACUAGUGCUGAGUAUCAGUUCUAGCCAAAGAAGGCAGUCCAAUUGUUCCCUGAAAACCCGAUGGAGAAUCUGAGUUCCUAUCACGUUUUUGCCUCUCUUUUUCCUUGAGUGAAAUGUGAGCAUUAAUGGCAUCCGUCUGAGAGCAGAGCACCUGGUCCCAACAUGGUGUCAAAGUGAGGCCUGAGCUCAGAUGUUCCUGCUCAAGUUCAAGCAAGAGAUGAACAUCAGGGUUGGCUUAAGGGUCUGUAGGAAACGAUGCCCCUCCUGUCUCGCGUUUCUCGGGUAUGUAUUAGGCUGUAGCAUCUUACUGUAAUUUUCCCCUCCGAUCAGUUCUUGCCCCGUAUAUCAGUACUUGGCUCCAUUACCCACCCAGCUGCUCAAGCCAGAAGACCUGGGAGUCGCCCUUUCUUCUCUUCCCUCCCCCACAUUCACUCUAUCACUAAGUUCUGUUGGUUCCACCUCUCCUGGUUGUUUAUCUGUUGUCUCGUACCCCACACCUUCCCUUCUAUACUUUAUGCUGCUCGACCUUCCAGAUUCCCUUGCCAGCUGUUCAUUUCUGCCAGUGGGAGGCACCAGCAGGCUAGAAGAGGGUGGGAGAGAGGAGGCAGCAGCCCGUGCCCAGGGUGGCUGUAGUAGGGGUGAGGGUCUCGGACCUGCUUGGCCAUCCCGGCCACUGUGGCAGCUCUUCUGCUUCCAGCCCCUGCAGUGGACACUCCCCUUUAACCUCUUGUUCCUUCAGCACUCUCCAUUCUCCCUUUUGUUUCUUCAUCCCUUCCAACACUUUUGUAACCAACUGCCCAUACUUAACAUCCUUUGUUAGAAAUAACUAGUAUGGUUUCUGACUGGAGCUUAGUUGAUAAAACCUCCCAAAUAUUUCCUGAAUCUGUCCAUCUCUACCACUACCACCCAGUCCAAGACACCAUCAUCUCUCAUCUGGGUGACUGCAAUAGCUAGGCUCCCUGAGACC